GUUGCUGGCAAAGAAUUUCUGUCAAGGGAUCAGGGCCUUCCAACGGAAUGGCGUGGAACACAACUUGCCCGAAUUGGCUGGUGGCAGAGGCUGUCCUGGAAAAGUAUUACCUUUCCAUUUUUUAUGGGAUCGAGUUUGUUGUGGGAGUCCUUGGGAAUUGCAUUGUUGUUUUUGGCUACCUCUUCUGUCUGAAGAACUGGAAAUGCAGUAACAUUUAUCUCUUCAACCUCUCUAUCUCGGACUUGGCUUUUUUGUGCACGCUUCCUAUGCUGAUUAGAAGUUAUUCCAGUGGAAAGUGGAUAUAUGGGGACCUGUUGUGUAUAAGCAACCGGUAUGUGCUUCAUGCCAAUCUCUACACCAGCAUUCUUUUCCUCACUUUCAUCAGCAUUGAUCGAUACCUGCUCAUGAAGUAUCCUUUCCGGGAACACUUUCUACAAAAGAAGGAGUUCGCUGUGUUAAUCUCUUUGGCUAUUUGGGUUUUAGUAACCUUAGAGCUACUGCCCAUACUUCCCCUUAUAAAUCCUAAUAUAGCUGGCAAUGGCACCUACUGUACUGAUUAUGCAAGUUCUGGGGACCCCCAAAACAGCCUCAUCUAUAGCCUGUUCCUAACCUUCUUGGGAUUCCUCAUUCCUCUUUUGGUGAUGUGUUUCUUUUAUUUCAAGAUUGCACUUUUCCUAAAGAAGAGGAGCAGGCAGCUUGCCACUGCUUUGCCCCUUGAAAAGCCUCUCACCUUAGUCAUCAUGGCAGUUGUGAUCUUCUCUGUGCUUUUUACUCCCUACCACAUCCUGCGGAACGUGAGGAUUGCUUCGCGUCUGGAGAAGUGGAAGGAGUACCGGUGCACUCGGGUCGCCAUCAACUCAUUCUACAUUGUGACUCGGCCCUUGGCCUUUUUGAACAGUACCAUCAACCCUGUCUUCUAUUUCCUUAUGGGAGAUCACUUCAGGGAGAUGUUGAUGAGUAAACUGAGGAACCAGUUCAAAUCCCUUACAUCCAUUAGAAGGUGAGGUCCUGGACUGAUGUUUCCAUGCAGCGAAAAAUGAGAUGCUUGUGUAACAGAUUAUUUUAUAUGUGCAGCAGCAAGUCAAUUCCAGUUUGAUUUGACUCACGGAUAUAAAUUGGAGAGGGACAGACCCAACACUGUUUUAAAGACACACUGCAUCUGGAAUAUGUGAAAAGAAGAAAAUUGGAAGUAUUUAUUGGUUUCUUCACCCAAGAACUGAAAGGAGCUGGACCGGCAUUCUCUAAUGUUUGAUCACGGAAGUCCAAAAUUUUAGGUGUUACAAGACUUUCUCAAUCAGUGUAAAAGGAAUAACAGAUAAAGCUUCAAAUAGUCUGUAUUUAAUCACUGGUUAGAUUGUAAAAAAAAAAAAAAUGUGUUGGCAACAUUCUUUAGGUUAUUCUUAUUUGUUUGGUCUUACAACUUAAUGUGAAAACUGAGUAACAGAUUAGGCAUACACUCUUAAAGACGGUUUUUAGGAAUUGUGCUCUUGAACAAAAUUGAAAGUAAACCAUAGCAACAAGCAAGAAAGCAAGGUGUUGAGUUCAAUGAUGCCUAUAUGACAUUUAUUUAUAUUGACAUGAAUAGGGGUCAAGUUGUAACUAUAAGUCCUAUUUUGUUGUAUGGUGUUUAGAACAAUGAAUUGUAUUAAAUGGAACCUAAGGAGACAGUUCAACAAAGAGAGAGACAGGUUUGAGCUUAUCUCUCAGGGAAUUUAGGUGUAGAUGAUUGCUAGAAGAGAGACCACGGAGAGUUAGAAAAAUCUGAGUUACAGAACACAAAGUGCCUAUCAGAAAACCCAAGGUAAGACAAAGCAAACAAACAAACAAACAAACAAAAAAAACAAAGGUGAAUGCUUUUGGACAACUUUGUCUCCAAAGGUAGUGACUUUUAUCUGGUGUGAGCCUUGUUUUCACAGAACAUUACCUAAGGCCAUUGAAGGAAGUAUUCUAAACAAAAUGCGCUUUAUGAAAUUGUAGAAUAUAUGGAAUAUUUAUGUGCUUAUCAAUAUAGAUUAACCAGAUACCACUCUGUGCCACAAAAUACAUUUGUAGGAAAAAAUACAUGGAUGCUACCUUAGCUUUUUAAAGUCAAAUAAAUACCACAUAAUAGUUCACUUAUAAGCAACAAAAUGUGUCAAAAGCCAUAUAACUAUGCUCUUUUUCUUAUAGUCAUUAGCUAUAAUAUGAAGGAUACAGUAAGCAUUAUGAGUACAAAGAAAAUUCUAUUGUCCUUCCUGUUCUGAGAUACUUUGGUGCUAUUAUAUUCUGACAUUACAAAAACCCAAAAUACCCCCAGUUAGUGCUUCCAUAUUUGAAGCUACUGAGAU